AUGGGGUUUACCCGUCCAUUCGCUCUGCAGCUGUCAAGAAACUUGCGGGAAUUCUGCCGCCAGAGCCCUUUUUUAGAUAUAAAUAGUAGUCUUAUGCAUAGUAGUCUUCUUGGGUAUGCUCCUAUCAGAUGUGCUUCUCAACCCGCUCAUACUGCGAUAAAACCCAACUACAAUGUUGGGACUAUAGGACACAUUGAUCAUGGAAAAACAACACUCACUGCUGCUAUUACUCAAGUACUUGCCAAGCAAGGCCUUGCAAAGCCAGUGAAAUUUGACGAAAUUGAUAAAGCCAAAGAGGAAAAGAAGCGUGGAAUAACGAUAAACAUCGCACAUAUCGGUUACGAAAGCAAGAAUAGACGAUAUUCUCACACUGACUGUCCUGGACAUUCAGAUUUUAUUAAGGUUAUAGUUGCUUUUACUUUCACUAGUUUCCAUAAGAUGGAUGCUGCAGUAUUAGUAAUUGCAGCAACUGACGGAGUAAUGGCUCAGACAAAGGUAUGCUUGGGAGAUAAUGCACCAGUUAUUCGAGGUUCAGCUUUGAAUGCCUUAGAAGGAAAAGAUGUUUCAAGCAUAAUCAAUCUACUUAAAGCGCUUGAUGAUCUUCCGGAACCUCAAAGAAACGAGAAUGAAGCACUAAUAAUGCCCGUAUCUUCUAAAAUUGCGAUCACGGGGCGAGGCACAGUUGUUGUCGGUACUGUUGAGCAAGGAACGCUGAAGAAAGGUGACAAGGUAGAAAUAAAAGGAGAUGAUAGGGAAGUCUCAACCGUUGCAUCUGAUAUACAAGUUUUUGGAAAAAGUGUUAAAGAGGUAAAAGCAGGUGAUCAUUGUGGUGUACUAUGCAGAGGAGUAAAAGCCGAUCAGGUUUCUAGAGGAAUGUGGAUGGGGCAUAUUGGUGCCGUACACGUCACAAAUCAAAUCAAAACAGAGUUGUAUCUUCUCAGCCAAGAGGAAAAUGGUCGUAAAAUUGGCAUUCGGUCAGGAUUUACGGACAAACUUUUCUGCAGCACUUGGGAUCAAGUGGCCCGAUUUGAAAUAGCGCAAGAGCUUUUGAUGCCUGGAGAACAUGCACCUGCAACGGUGACUCUUAUGCGGAAUAUGCCUUUCAAAGUAGGAAUACCAUUUACUCUAAGGGAUGGUGGAACAAAACAAACUAUAGCGAGGGGAAUUGUUUCCGAACUCUUAGAACCAGUAACAGUGGAGAAAUAUAAUCUGAAAAAAGCUACUCAUCAUGAUGACUGA